CUCUUCUUUCUCUCUUCUUUCUCUUUUCUUUUCUCCUUUCUUUCUGGUUUCAGUUCCAUCUUGUCUUUAUUCUUGCACGGCAGCAAUUUCGGAGAGGUAUAUGGUCUUCUCUUAUGUGCUUUUCAUUGUGUAGCUAACACUUUUUCAGAUAUGGACAAAGAUUUGACCUCAAACCGGCAAUUACGCAAGAGAGCAAGUACCCAAGCGAUGAGAGAAAAUGCACAACCCAACAAAAGAACCUACAGCUCUCAUAAGCAUCACGAUGCUGAGACAAACAUUGACAAGGACUCAGAAACCGAAACAGAAUCAUUGCUCGAAAUGGCCCUGUAUUGUAAACUGAAGCUGAAACUGGAUAAAGAGAGGAAACAAAAACAGGAGACUUGGAUUAAUCGAAUCAAUAAGUGCUGUUUCUGCGAAGAAACUGGCUCAGCGGUCAACAGAUGCGCAUGUGCACAUGUGUAUUGCAUAUUUUGCUUCCGUUCCUCAGAUAAGCCUGACACGACAACAGAAAACCCCGUGGAGGAGAUUCCAGAUUUUGACAAUGAUGAUCUUUGGAGGAGAGGAAAAAAGAACGGUCGGGCACCCACUAUCCCCUUAUCUGAGGGCGAGGCGCCAUUGAAGCGGCAUUCUUUCCAGGAUCCAUGA